GCAGCAGAAGAGAGCAGAGAUGGCAGACUACAGCAGCGUGGCUCCGCCGUCCUCUAACGCCGGUGGCGGAAUGAACGACGCUUUCAAAGAUGCUCUUCAGCGAGCACGACAGAUCGCAGCGAAGAUUGGUGGUGAUGGCGUUGCAGCACCUCAAACUAAUGAGUUUGGCUACGGAGGCCAGAAAAGGCCCCUGGAGGACGCUGGUGGGUAUUUUCCCAUGCCUAACCUGAAUACCGAUCAACCAGAGACGAAGAAAGUGGCCACGAGUGAUGCCUUUUCAGCAAUGGGAGGAAUGGGUGGUCCCCCAAGGUCGGCAUCUGAAGAAUUCAAAGUUCCUGAUGGCAUGGUUGGAUUCAUUAUUGGUAGAGGAGGUGAACAAAUAUCACGUCUGCAGCAGGAGUCUGGGUGUAAAAUACAGAUCGCUCCUGGUAGGUUUACAUACAGCGGAGGAAUGCCCGAUAGGUCGGUGACAUUAACAGGAUCGCCAGAAUCCAUCCUGACUGCAAAGAGGCUACUAACAGAGAUAGUUGAGAAGGGACGACCAGCCCCGGCGUUCCACCACAACGACGGCCCAGGCAUGACUGUUCAGGAGAUUAUGGUCCCUGCCUCCAAAGCCGGUCUUGUCAUCGGGAAGGGAGGCGAAACAAUCAAAAGCCUUCAGGAAAGAGCCGGAGUGAAAAUGGUCAUGAUCCAAGACGGACCACAAAACACAGGCGCAGACAAACCACUCCGCAUUUCAGGAGAGCCAUUUAAAGUUCAGCAAGCCAAAGAGAUGGUGAUGGAGCUGAUCAGAGACCAGGGCUUCAGGGAGCAGAGGGGCGAGUAUGGUUCCAGGGUCGGAGGAGGUGGAGGCGGUGGAGGAGGCGGAGGAGGAGAUAGCUUAGACGUUCCCGUCCCCCGUUUUGCAGUAGGAAUUGUUAUCGGCAGAAACGGAGAGAUGAUCAAGAAAAUACAGAACGACACAGGUGUCAGGAUCCAGUUUAAACCAGAUGACGGCAGCACACCCGACAGGAUAGCACAGAUCAUGGGUCCUCCCGACCAGGCUCAGCACGCGGCAGAAAUCAUAUCCGACCUGCUGAGGAGCGUCCAGGCUGGAGGACCUCCAGGACACGGCGGCGGCAGAGGUCGCGGUCGUGGGCAGGGCAACUGGAACAUGGGGCCCCCUGGUGGCCUGCAGGAGUUCACCUUCACCGUUCCAACCAUGAAGACUGGCCUCAUCAUCGGAAAAGGUGGCGAAACAAUUAAGGGCAUCAGCCAGCAGUCCGGGGCCAGGAUUGAGCUGCAGAGGAAUCCUCCCCCCAACGCUGACCCCAACAUCAAAAUGUUCACAGUGAGGGGCUCCCCGCAGCAGAUCGACUACGCCCGGCAGCUGGUGGAGGAGAAAAUCGGGGGUCCAGUUACUCCAAUGGGUGGCCCACAUGGUCCCCCUGGUCCACACGGAGGUCCAGGCCCACAUGGGCCUCCAGGACCACCAGGACCUCCCGGGGCCCCCAUGGGUCCAUACAACCCCGGACCAUACAACCAGGGACCUCCAGGACCUCAUGGUCCUCCCGCGCCUUACCAGCCUCAAGGAUGGGGCAAUGGCUACCCACACUGGCAGCAGGGACAGCCUGAUCCAAAUAAAGCAGUAGCCGACGCCAACGCAGCGGCUUGGGCGGCCUACUACGCUCAGUACAGCCAGCAGCCGCAGGCUCCCAUGACCCCGACCAGCGGAGCUCCAGGCACAACUCAAACCAACGGCCAAGGUGACCCACAGGCUGCAGGUCAGAGUGGACAGGCAGAUUACUCCAAGGCCUGGGAGGAAUAUUACAAGAAAAUGGGUCAACAGAGUCAGCAACCUCAGGACUACACGAAAGCCUGGGAGGAGUAUUAUAAGAAACAAGGUCAAGCGGCCCCUCAGGCCACAGCAGCAGCAGCAGCGGCCGCCUCCCAGCCUGGAGGUCAGCCGGACUACAGCGCUGCCUGGGCCGAGUACUACCGGCAGCAGGCUGCUUACUACGGCACAGCCAACCCUCAGACGAUGGGCGCAGCACCCCAAGCCUCUCAGGAUUACAGGGUUCCAGCGGCUGCAGCAGCUUCACAAACUUAACCAAAAGUGUUUCCUCCCUACACAGGAUUUUAGCUUUUAAUUUUGGGAAGAGUCCACUGUUUCUGCUGUUAACAUGCAAUGUAUCUUCUAUGUAUUUUCUUCUGCACAGGGCCAGUAAUGUGAAGUGGACAUAAAGUAAAUGCUACAUUGUCGAAACAAAAUCCUUUGUUAAAUGUUUGGAUGCAGACGCCUUGAUGAAGAUCUUAAAUUUCCUUGGUUUGAAAGUGUUUCACAUAGAUGGCAGAUUUCCCGGCGAACACGUCCUCUUUUUUUUUUUCUUUUUUUUUCUUCUUGUUUUUUUGUUUUUGUUUCAUUUUUCUUGUAAAUUGCUUUGUUUUUAGUGAGGUAAUUAUACAUAUGGUCAUUCCAGCCCUGUAUCUACAUUAAAUGUGGUUAGAAGUCAUGUUUAUUAAACUGUAGACAUUACCAUGUAAAUCAUCUCAGUUUUAAAAAAAAUGCUAUUGCCUGUUGUGUUUUUGCAAUAAAACAAACUGAAACCUCCUGUGUUGGUAAGUUGGGGUGGUUUUAAACCAAAAGGGUUGAGAUGAAUUUAUGUAUGUUUAUUUUUUUGUUAUUGUUUGUUUUUUACCGUGGAAACUCUUGGAGGGAGGUGGGAGGGGAAGAAAAGAGGGGAGGAGGGAGGGAGGGGGAAGUUUUUUGAAAUGCAGGCCAUGUGUGGGUUUAAUUGUGCAAAAAAUGGUUGACUCAAAAGUUGUGCUGUCCUGUCUCUCUCCAACUGUCUAUAAGGCUCUUAGAUGAUACAUUACAUGCGUGCAAUGAUCCUCAGUGGUUCAGACCAUCAAACGUCCUCUUGUUGAUAGACUUUUAUUUUUUACACACUUCCUGUUUCCUGACAUUGCUCCUCUGACUCUAGCAGUAGACAGAUGUUUGUCAUGAGAAAGUCUGUUCAUGCAUUUACUGCGUUGCUGUGGCGAUCUUUCUUUACACAUAUAUAUAUAUCUAUAUCUAUCUCUAUAUAUAAAAACAACUCAAUAUUUUUUGCCUGGUUUUGCUGACAUUGUUGAGGUAGUAUGCACUGUUAUUUUUGCCUUGAUAUAGACACUUCCUCCACAGGCAAGUUUAGAAAAGCGGUAAGCAAGUAUUUUCCUUAACAUGUUCCUCAGAAAACGUGGUUGCAAGAAAUGUUGCAUAUUUUUAGUGUUAUACUUAUUAUUAUCUAUAUAUCCUAUAUUUUUUGUGCUGUUCUUUUUCCAGGACAGUCAGGUAAAUUGCCACUGUAUCAAAAAUGCAUUGAAUCGAUUGUCUUGCCCAUUUCAAAUUGUGAACUAACUCAAAUGUAUAAAUUUGCUUUUUUUUAAAAAAAGAAUGUUUUUUUAAUAUAAAAACAUUGCAAAAGAAAUCACAUAAUUAUUUUUUUUUUGCUGUGCCCAUUCUGUUAGUGUUUAUCCAGUAUAAGAACAUAGAUUUGUAGGGUCGGGGGUGGCUAAGCAGUCUUCAUCCAAGAGUUGAGCCCUCCUAUCCUGUAAGUACAAAUACUGUGAUUGACUUCUGAGAGAUAUACACGCCUUUUUUAUUCUCAUUGAUGCUUUAUAAAUUGCAAGAGAUGUAGUAUUUUUGUCAAAUAUUGCCAUUCCCCCCCCCACCUCCCUCCCACGCCCGUGUCUUGGGUAAGUAUAAAAUGUUCUGAGGAAGAGGCAUAGUACUUUUUAGACUUGUACCACAUGUUUCUGAGACGUAUUUCCCCUUAUGUGACUCAACUUGACUGCAUAACAGACUGAAACUCAUCCUGAUACAGUUUGCUUUUUGUAGAUUGUCAUAGACUUUGUGUAGGUAGCAUUUCAGUGCCAGUCGGAUUUUAACUUCUCGAAAGCAGCGAAGGGGUUUUUAAAAUUAAAACAAAUGUCAGCACUCUCUUGUUACACUGUCGGUAGGAACUGUUUUUAUUCUUUAAAGGAUGUCCAUGUGGUUAUUUUUAAUCAUUGGUUCUGAAUAUCUUUGACUCUGCAAAGUGCCAUUGUCUAGUCGAGACUGUCAUGUUUUAUUUCUUUAAUGCUAUUCAUUGCAAGAUGAAUUUGAUAAAAAUGCUCAAGAAAAAAAAAAAAUUCUCACUGCAUAACUCCAGUGUAGCAUGCUUAGGUUUCUGCUGUUAUCUCUCUAAUGUCCCAUAUUGAGCAUGAUGUGGAAUGAUAGUAGUGGAAGUGCUUCUGACUAGCUCAGCAUUGAUUUAUGACAUUUAUUUGAAUGAGCACUGUUGUUGUUGCUGUUGCUGUUGUUUAAAGGCUGUUAAUGUUAAGGUCACAAAGAAAACAUAUAUAUUCUUUGACUUGCAUUGUUCACUGAUGGCAAACAGUGCAAUAUAUAUACAUAUAUAUCUGAUCUUUGCAGUGUCAUCCCAGACCUUGCACCUUAGGUUCUGCUGCAAUAACACAGGUAAGCGAAACCUAAGGAAACAAAGUGUUUUUGUCCAGUGACAUGACCAACAUAUAUUAUCCAUACAUGCAAAAAAAAAAGAAAAGAAAGAAAAUGCUUACCUGUGUCGUUAACAUGCCUCCAAUGCAUUUAUGCUUUAGUCAGUAAGAAAAUGUCCAGGAUAUAUUUGAGCCCUUUUUUCAGAUCUGCUUUCAUGAAUGAACUGCAUGAUUUAUGAGCUGUAUGAACUUGUUACAUGAAGUUUGACUUUUAUCGAACUUGAGUAAAAAGUUGUUGUGUAGGCUCACUGGGGGGAAAUGUUGUCGUAUGUGCUUAAUAUUUGAUACUAGUUUGUUUUUUUAAAUAUCUUUGCACCCCGGUAAGUCUUGACAGUGAUUGUGUAUCGAUGCUCUUAGAGAUCUUUGCCCUCUUUUUUUAUAUUUGACACUGGUAUACCAAACUGCAUGCCAUGCAAACUUGUUGCCAGAAGUUAGCAAUGUGCUCAUCUAAUUAGGUCAGAAAUAAGAGUGAAAUACAUGAUUUUUAUUAUUUUUUGUAUUGUUCAUCUCUGUCGUGGUGUGAAUCUGCCCUUAAGUGCAGUACAAAUCUGCUAUUGAAACGCUGCUGCCUUCACUUCUCGCUCACAGUGUUGGAGGAUGCUGCAAGCUUAGGUCGUAGAAUCAGGCCCUGUCGUAGUUUGUCCCCAAAAGGAGGAAUCCUUUGAGUCAAUCCCACUGCUGAACGUAGACUGUUCAAGAGCUCCAGUGAUAAGGUAAAAAAAAAACAAAAAAACAACCAGAAGAUUUUAAAAAAGCAUUGCAAUGAAAUUCAAAUUCUGUGUUGGUCAGAUUCAUGUUUUUCCAGCUCGGAUUGACUGUCUUCUUUUUUUAACCAUGCCAUAGUGUAUUUAGAGUUGUCUGGUUGAUUUUCAUGACUCGCUUUGAAUGCCUUCAAUAUCUCUUUAAUAGGAAUGUGCUUUAGAAAGUUGGAUGAGAACAGGAGCUGAUGUUGCUUUCAAUGACAUGCACUGUUUUUAAAAUUGGGGGUUAUCAGUUUUCUAAAAAAGUAAAAAAUCACCUUUUUUUAGUAGUUAAAUUGUCAUACUGUAAUGUUGAGGAUGUUCACUCUGUAUGUGAGAUGCUCUUCUUCUGAGCGAAGUGUUUCAGUACAGAGUUCGUGGGGGUGUAGAAGACAAAAGGAGUGAGAAAUAAGGAGCAUGCCUUAGAGGUAACACAAAAAAAAGGUUUCACGUGUUGUGUAUAUUAUCAAAUCUAUUGGUUUGUUUCUUGAAUUUAACUGUUCUGACUUCUGAAAUGUUGCCAUGUUCAUUAAUAAAGUUGUAACAAAUAAA